AUGGAUGACCUAAGAGACAGCAGCUCUUGGGAUGCAGGCCAGAAUGCCUGUCUUCAGGAGGAACUUAGACUAGAACACUUGCUGUUGCUGACGGACGCAUUUACCCAUCGCACACCCUCGGAAGGGUCCCAGCGGAGUUGGAGAGGUGCACGGAGAGAUGGAGGAGGAGAAGGAGGGAUGAGUUCUGUGAUUGGUCCAGACAGCCAGGGCAGAUCGAUGGAAAGGGUCUUUAAUGAGAUUGACGUGUCAUGUGAGUGGAAGGAGCUGUGUAGCUACCUGCUACAGAAGUGCAGAGAGAGAGACAACACCUCCAGGCCUAGAGGUGCUCUCCCCCCACUCCGCUACAUCUGUGUCAGUAAAGAGGGGCUGCCCACUCUGUGGAACCGCCAACAACAUGUCCUCUAGACUAUGAAGCUGGCUGGAGACCCUGCAGAGGAAGGGUUUAACAGAAGGAGGUUCAGGGGCUGGACCACUGAUUCGCUAUAUGUCCACAAGGACGCUGUAGCAACCAGCAGCAUGGACCUCCACUUUGUUGACGUGUCCACGACCAGCUGCUUUAAGGACGUCCACUUGUUUGGUGUCUAUAAUGUCCCAAUCUCUCUCUGCUACUGGUAUGACACAAAAUCACCAGGGCUGCGCUGUUUCCUGCAAUGGGGAGAUGAGAGGGGAGGGGUCCAUCUGUUGUGGUUCCUCAAACAUCACACUGGGCUGUUUGAGAGCCCCUUCAGUGAGGACAACGACCCGAAGAGAAUCUACAUGCAGGAUAUUGGUGACUUCUACCAAAUCCCCGCAGUCCAACAGGAACCAAUCAACAGGAUUAGCGAAGCCUCCUCAGUAUUCAUCAUGCAUGUCUCACUCAGGAGAAAACCCUAAGUGUGGGAAAUCAAUAAGGGUGUGACCUGUUUUGACUUCAGCAGGUCUCUUAACCAGUUGGUGACGUGUGGUCUGGACCAUACGGUCAGACUGUGGAACCGCUUCAUUGGAGGAGGAGAGGGGAGACAAUGCCAUGGUGCCCCCCUCUCCUGUGCCCUCUACAACCACACACUGAAACAGGUCAUCGCCGGAUGUAAUGACUUGUCUGUAUCACUGUGGGACGUAGAAAUAGGGACUCUGAGUCUGAAGAUCACCAGUGUUCACGGAGAGGAAGAAAUUACCUGCAUGGCGAUAGACUCCUCCCACACAAGACUCAUCACUGGAGCACGCAACAGAACCAUCCAGGUCUUUAACCUUGUAUCUGGUCUGUCCUUGCAAGCCUGGGAGCCUGCCACCUUUUCAGAGGUCACAGGGAUCAUCUGUAUCCAUGACAAUCAGCUCCUGGCUGUGGGGUGGAGCCAGCAGAUCGCUCAGUAUGACAUCACAGGGGCUAAGGAUGUGUAUGUGAGGGCAGACAUGUCUUGGGAGUCGGGUCAGCAACACAGAGCUGACAUCCUGGCAGUUGACCACUGCCCUGCCCUGGGGGUCAUUGCUACGGGUAACCACGAUGUAGAGGUCAUCAUCUGGAGUUGGGACACAUAGAGACCUCUGGUUCGCCUGCAGAGGGACACACACUCACUGUUCUGUAGAGUUGGCCCCAACACCAGAGAACCAGACAGGGCCUGUAGAGGAAGGCCAACACCAGAGAACCAGACAGGACCUGUAGAGAAAGCCCCAACACCAGAGAACCAGACAGGGCUUGUAGAGGAAGCCCCAACACCAGAGAACCAGACAGGGCCUGUAGAGGAAGCCCCAACACCAGAGAACCAAACAGGGCCUGUAGAGAAAGCCCCAACACAAGAGAACCAGACAGGACCUGUAGAGGAAGCGCCAACACCAGAGAACCAGACAUGGCCUGUAGAGGAAGCCCUAACACCAGAGAACCAGACAGGGCCUGUAGAGAAAGCCCCAACACCAGAGAACCAGACAGGGCCUGUAGAGUUGGCCCCAACACCAGAGAACCAGACAGGGCAUGUAGAGGAUGCCCUAACACCAGAGAACCAGACAGGGCCUGUAGAGAAAACCCCAACACCAGAGAACCAGACAGGGCAUGUAGAGGAAGCCCCAACACCAGAGAACCAGACAGGGCCUGUAGAGUUGGCCCCAACACCAGAGAACCAGACAGGGCCUGUAGAGAAAGCCCCAACACCAGAGAACCAGACAGGGCCUGUAGAGAAAGCCCCAACACCAAAGAACCAGACAGGGCCUGUAGAGAAAGCCCCAACACCAGAGAACCAGACAGGGCCUGUAGAAACAGCACUACAGACACAGCCUGACACAAAGGAGCUUGGAGCUCUCUCUCUCUCCCCCCAUUCUCUCUCUCGUUCACUGUCCUCUCUCUCUCUCUCUCUCUCUCUGUUUGCCAUUUACAACCAGAACCUUAUUUCCCUCCCUCCCCUCCCCCAGGUGUCUCUGUGUCACCAGCUGUAUGGGGACAUCCAGAGGAUGAUGAUGCGAGAGAGGAGGGAAGUGUUUGGGGGCGUGUGCACAACCUUCCAAGCCCUGGCCGGGCAGGACUGUCAGGAGGUGUUGUUAGCGGAGGAUUUACUUAUGAGCCUGUGGAUGCAGCGUCAGGCUCUGAGGUGUAUGAGUGAAGUUGGGCUUAGCUCCCUACCGCUGUCAAUCAACAGAUCAGAGCAAGAACAGGAAGCCACCUGACCAGCCUCCUCUUCCUCUUCUAUCAGAUCAGACAUUGGGAUGUAGAGUAUUAACUGAUAAUGACUUUUCAGACAAGUGGACAGUCUAGUACUCAUUUCUUUAAUGCAGUUUAAGGACAUUUUUUUUUUUUUUAUCAUAAAAACGACCAGAAUCAUUAGAAAAAAACAUGAAAUAAACCAUAAAGAAUUAAAAUGUGUUAUAUAAUGUAAAAAAUGAUUUGGCUUUUCAUAACAGCUUUUUUUAUUAGAUUAUCACAGAGUAAGCACGGUCUACCCUCACUGCACGUCACGGGGUACUAUGCUAUGGCAGGGCUGGCGUCCUUACAGGGUAAUGCGAUACCACUUGACUAAACUACUGCAAGGAACUCUAGAGCAUCCAAGGUCAGUCGCUGUGUCAUUUCUUUCUCCUCUCUUGUCCUUUCUCUACUUCUUCAUUGGUUUUAUCUGUCCCAUUUCUCUGUCUUUCUUCCCCCACUCUCUAUCUCUUUCUCUCUCUCUCCCUUUAUCCCUCUCUCGCUCCCUCCCUCUCUCUUCCUCCCCUUCUUUCUCCCCCCUCCCAUAUUUUUCCCAUCUCUCUGUCUGACCUGUUUGGCACUAUCAUCUCCCACAACAUGUUUUGGUUCUCAUGACAUCAUCGCAACGACCAAAUAACAGGAAUCAGGGUGAGUUGUGAUGA